AUGAAAUACCUUAAAAUGAUUGAUAUAUUCGGUGUCUAAUAUAAACCACAAAUCUCCUUAGAUGAAAAAGAGUAAAAGUCUAUCCUCAGUGGAAUAUGUUCAAUAUUAGUAUUAGUAGCUAGUUUUAGCUAUUUUAUCUAUGUAAUGAAUGAAUGGUGGAGUUCCAAAAUCCUACCAAAUUCAACCAACCUCAUGAAAGUUUAGAACUACUCUCAAAUUUUUUAUAAUGAAGAUGCCUUAUUUGAAUUUUGCUAUUGGAAGUAUAGCAACGAGUAGGUAGAUCCAUUCAGAUUCUAACGUAACAUAUUAACUCCUAUUGGAAUCUAUUUUAUUAAUGGUAUUCCAUAAAAACCAUUUUCUCUCUUAGAUUAGUCACAAACAAUUUCCCCCUAUAAUACAAGUCUUUUAAGAGUUGACAAUCUAUCCUUAGUUCAAAAUAGUGGUUUUGAUAACGAUUUGAAUGAUACAACCGAACUUAUGAUAGUAAUCACUUCUUGUAAUGCCACUCUAUUUGAUAUUGGAUAUGAGUGUGCAUCUGAUGAAGAAAUUAAAGAGUUCUUUGAAAAAUCUGUUAAUUAUAUCAGUUUCUGGUUGAAUUUAAAGUAGUAUGAUCCAUAUUCAUAAAAGUUCUAGGCAGUGAAGAAAUAAUAUUAUUUAACCUUUGAUUCUCAGAUCUCUCAUUAGGGUUAAUUGAUAUUGACUUAAACAUAAGCUACUAUAGAUACUGGCAUUUUAUUCAGUAGUUCUGAAUCAAAAAGCUUUAUCUACAAUGCCUAGUUAAUAACAAGUGCAACAACUAAUCAAUUUUGGUCUACUCUAUUAGUUAAGAACUCAUAUCUUAAUCUAUUUAUUCGUCUUGAUCCGAUGUCAAUUGAUACUUAGAUUGUAUAUCCAAAAUUAGGUGAAAUACUAGCUUAAGUGGGAUCAAUAAUGAGUAUAUUAAUGACUAUUUAAUAUCUGCUUAAUUAUUACAACGAGUAAUUAUUGGAUUGCGAUCUUGUUGAUAAGGUUUUGGGUUUUUACUUUUUGGAUUACAUUGAAUUGAAGAAAUCUAAAGAUAAGAAAGACCUAAAAAUAUGCAAAGAAUUGAUAGCAUAAGCAAAAAAGAAACUAGUAUAUACUAAUAUCAUCUAUGAAUUGUCUAGAAUUUAAUUGUUUCUAAUAAAUCAUUUCGGAAGAAAUCAGCUAUAUCAUACGCAUUAAUAUGGAAUAUAGGCAAAAGAAGAAAUAAAAUCUAGUAAUUGUGGGUAGGUGUUUGAUAAUUCAAUUACUAUGAUUAAGGUUGAUGUGAAUAGAGGAUAGAUUGAAUGGCAUUUUAGUAAAGAAGAUUUCAAUUUAUUAAGUAGAGGCAAAGCAAAUAUGUUCAAGAAUAAUGAAGAUUUAGUGAGAGUAUAUUAGGAGGUGGAUAGUGCUUCAUUCUAAUCCAUUUAAUUAUGA